AUGGGAGAGAUGGGAGAGGAGGCUUUGAGUGUCAGUGUGUCAGCUCAGACUGGAGGUCACAUCACAGCACCAGUACUCCAAAACAACAUAAUUCACGGAGAUCUUACAUUUACAACCAUUGUUUCAGGAGGUAGUAACCCCCCAGACACACAUACACAGAGCCCAGACCUGACCUCACUGAGCCUCAAGUAUAAGGAGUUGGUCAAAUCCGAGUAUGCAUAUGUGACAGAGUAUAACUCCCUCCCUGGUGAAGACGUGCGGCUGACUGACCGCUACACUGAGCUGCUGAUCAUUCAGAGACACAGAGAUCAGAGUGAGAGAGAAAAAGAGAUUCGCUCCAGAGGAGAGGUGCUCUUCAGUGCCAGAGACAGUGAGAAGUACAGUAACAUUAGUGUGGAGCAGUUUUUCAGUCCAGAUGAUCAUGGACUCAUUCCAAAAGCAGUUGUUCUCCAGGGAAACUCUGGAAAUGGCAAAUCCUUCACUGCACAGAAGAUUAUGUUGGACUGGGCAUCUGGUAAACUCUAUGCAGAGAAUUUUGAUUUUAUUUUUCAUCUGAAGUGUAAAGAGAUUAACCAAACCUCUGGAGAGAUGAGUCUGGUGGAGCUGCUGAGAUACAAUCAGAGUUUAACACCAGCACAGAUCACACAGACAUUACAACACACACCAGAGAGAGUUCUCUUCCUCAUGGACGGCUUUGAUGAACUCAGACUCUCACAAGACGACAUGUCGAACCUGCCUCUGCCCCCUGAUGUCCAAACUCCAGCCUCACCUGAGUCCACUCUGAAAGCCCUGCUGAGUGGACGCCUGCUGCCUGAGUCCUUCCUGUUGAUCACCACCAGGUCGACAGCCACAGACACACUGAGCAAGCUGCUCAAAAAACCUAAGCAGUUCACUGAAAUUAUGGGCUUCUCUGAAGGGAGGGUGGAGGAGUACUUCCGGAAGUUCUUUAAAGAUGAUCAGCUCUUACAGACACAGGCAUAUGAGCAUGUGAAGGCAAAUGAAACCCUCUUCACUGCCUGCUCCAUCCCUGUGAUCUGCUGGAUCAUCUGCACAGUUUUCAGGGAGAAAUAUCAAGAUGACAAAAAUACAAUAAAUUAUUUGGAUACAGCCACCUCCAUAUAUGUUGACUUUGUGUCCACUCUACUGGAGCACCACUGCCAGGCUUUGAGUCACUCUGUCCCCAGCCUGCUGAGGAGUCUGGGCCAGCUGGCAGAGAGAGGGAUGCUGAAACAGCAAGUCCUGUUUGAUAAGAAGAAUGUGUCUGAGACAGUAUCAGAUCCUGCUAAAAUUCCAUUCCUGUGUAAAUUUCUCGUGAAGAGACGAAUCCAUCAAGAGACAAUGUUCAGUUUUAUGCAUCUCAGUUUUCAGGAGUUCUUCACUGCUCUUUACUAUGGUCUGCUGACUGAAGAAGAGUCCCAGAGGGUAGUCAGAGAGCUUCUCGAACCUUUAGAGAAAUCAUGGUAUGCACAAGAGAGCAAGAACAAACAACACCUCCUGCCAGUGAUCCAGUUUCUCUGUGGUCUGUCUAAUAAGGAAGUGAGCAUUUCUCUCCAGGAAACACACAACCUGCUUGUUUCUCCCUCUAUUCAAGCCCAGCUGGUGGAAUGGAUAUGUCAGGUGAUCAAGAAGACAAACACUCGUCAACCAUUUCUCGGAAACCACGCAGGAGGACAGAGCAAGAUUUUUAUUUUCUACUGUCUCUAUGAGUUCCAUGAAGAGGAGUUUCUGAGGAAAGCUAUGGAGAGCUGGGAGUACUUCAAUCUGUCUUUCUAUCCAUUAAGGAGGACUGACUGUUGGGUGCUGCAGUACUGUUUGCAUUUCUGUCCACGCAUCAGAAGAAUCUCUUUCAGACACUGCAGUCUGACACCAGAGAAACUGAAGAUUCUUCAGCCUGCAGUGUGCAGGAGUGAGGAGUUAGACUUAGGGCUGGAAAACGUGUCAGACGAUGAUGUUGGUGUCCUGGUCUCAGCUCUGGGAGAAGGAAAGGACCUGAUCUACCUGGGUUCUCCUGAGGUGGAUGGGCAGCUGGAUGCGCUGCUGUCUUUCCUGUACUCGGUGCCUGAAGUGUUGGAGGUGACUUUGAUCAUGAGGAGACUGACUGAGAGCUGGGCUUCCAAGAUCUUCUCCUUCAUCCAGACCUGUCCCACUCUACAGGGCUUCAGUGCUACAGUGAAGAAGAACAGUAAUGAGAGUCUGUGCUCAUUUCUCAGAGUAGGGGUUACUCAAGGAGACUUCUGGUAA